AUGUCUUCAUUCUUAGCCAAAGCGGCGUCAAACCCGCAUAUACAGUUGGCAGCCACCGCUGUGCUGUCCGGCGCAACAGUAGCAUGUCUCAUUUUUGGAUACCAAGCAUUCGAGCGCGAAGAACGAAUUCAUGACCUGAAGAAAUCGAUACCCGCAUCUGCCGACUCAUCUGGAAGCCUCACUACGUACGGCGCCGCAUCUCCCCCUGUCGACAAGGAGGAUGCCCGCAACCAGGCCCUUGCCCGAAGAGCCCAAGCCGGCGACUUCGACGAGGAGCUGAUCCUCGAACAGCUCGCCCGCAACAGGGUCUUCCUGAAAGACGAUGGCCUCCAGAAACUCCGCAAGUCCUUCGUCGUCGUCGUCGGUGUCGGCGGCGUCGGCUCCCACUGCACCGCCGCCCUCGCCCGCUCCGGCGUCUCCAAGAUCCGCCUCAUCGACUUCGACCAGGUCACCCUCAGCUCGCUCAACCGCCACGCCGUCGCGACCCUCGCGGACGUCGGAAUCCCCAAGGUCCAGUGCCUCUACCGCCGCCUCAUCGCCAUCACCCCGUGGGCCAAGUUCGACCUCCGGAACCAGAAGUUCGAAAAGGACGUCGCGGCGGAGCUGCUCGCGCCCUGGACCGAGGAUGGACAGAAGCCUGAUUUCGUGGUUGACGCUAUCGACAACAUUGAUACGAAGGUCGCUUUGUUGAAGUUCUGCCACGAUAACAAGAUUCCGGUCAUCUCCUCGAUGGGAGCCGGUGCCAAGGGCGAUCCUACGCGUAUCAACGUUGCCGAUAUUGGAGCCAGCACUGACGAUGGUCUCUCGAGGGCUACGCGCAGGAAGCUGAAGCUUCUCGGCGUGACGAGCGGUAUCCCUGUGGUCUACUCCAACGAGGUUGCCGGCGAGGGCAAGGCUGCUCUGCUGCCCCUUUCCGAGGAGGAGUUCAAGAAGGGUACCGUCGGUGACCUGAGUGUUCUCCCCAGCUUCAGAGUGCGAAUCCUCCCUGUUCUUGGAACCAUGCCCGCUGUCUUCGGAUACAUCGUUGCCAACCACGUUAUUCUCAGCAUUGCUGAAUACCCCCUCGACUACGUCCCCGCAAAGAACCGCGACAAGCUGUAUAAUGACAUCGUCGGCUUCAUCCAGGCCUCGGAGACCCGACUCGUCAAGCACAAGCACGGCGUCGAGGAGUCCAAGGGCAUCAGGGUCCCGAUCUCCCUCGGCGACGCCGCUUUCCUUACCGAGGAGCUAUGGAAGGGACGCAGCGCCAUCACGGGCCUCAUCAACAGGCUGGUGCUCGUCCGGUGGAUGAGGCCGGAGGGCGAGACGAAGCUCACGAUCGGCGAGGGCGCCGAGCAGCAGAAGUGGACCAACAUCCGGUUCCGCGACCUGGUUUGCAUGACCAGAGACGAGGCCAUACGCCACGAGAAGGAGUACCUCAACGGUGCGGCCAAAUUGGAGGACUUGUAUGCUGCGGACGUGAUUGAGCGUGUGGAGGCUCGGUUGGAGGAGGCGGCUGAGGCCGAGAAGUUUAGACUUUAG